AUUUUAUUUAUUUAUUUAUUUAUUUAUUUUUUGCUAGAAUGCCAUGGUGUCCUUUAAGGAGCUUUGUGGCCUGACGCCCGCCGCCAACAUGAAGCAGUGCAUCCUGACUGUCUCUACGUGGCUGAUGAACAGUGAGCGGUCGCUGAAGGUGAUGGUGGACCUGAGCGAGACCUACCCCACCAUGGAAGCGCAGGGUCUCGUGCCUGAGCUUCUGCGCAAAGUGCUAAACGCCUACGACAUGAUGAUCCAAACCAGCAAAACCCUGAUUGAGUCAGCUGAUGUUGUCUACUCCAAGCUCACACAAGCACAAAGGGCAGGUCUGGACUUCCAUGAAGACCUGCAUCGCAUCGGAGCAAAGGAAGGUCUGAAAGGCCGAAAACUUCAGAAAGCCAUGGAGAGUUACGCUUGGAACAUCACUGUGCUUAAGGGCCAGGCAGACCUGCUGAAGCAUGCAAAAAGUGAGGCACUGGACACUUUGCGCCAGAUCCACUGUGCAGCUCAGUCCUGCGGCCUCAGUAAAAACGGAGCGGCUUCCCCGCAGCUUCCUCACCAUCCUCUUCAGCAGCCACCACAAGUACAGCAACAGCCUCCGACCAAGCUCCACCCACAGUCUCUGCUGCUCCACCCACCCCGCGUUCCUCUGCAGCCCCAGACGUCACCCCAGUCGUACCUCCACACCCAUCAACAGCAAUACUCCCAGCUGCAUUCCCAGUCGUUUCCUUUCCCUCCCAUCCAAACUGUUUUAAAACCGCCGGCCUACCCACAUCCUCCACCCUUACCCACAAAUCAACUCCAGUCACAAAGCCAGCAGCAGAGGGCAGCAGGACCUCUCGAUGUCAUCCCGGAGAGAGAGAAAGAGAUGGUCAGCGACGGUCCUGCAGGACCCUGCUGACUAGCAGCCUGCGCCCACAGCGAGUCCCAGCCAAAGAGAGACAAAGAGAUAGAGAAGCAGAAGGAUGUUGAAGGAAAACAGGAGGCUAAUAAGGAAGGCGAGGUAAAGGAUGUCGCAGAGAGACCUAAAGAGGUGAUGACGGUGAAGAGGAGUCACCGUGUUCGAAGCGAAACACAAGUCUGAAAAUACGGAUGAAGACAGAUGUAACAGUCCAGUCAUACAUUUCUGAACAGGAUGCUUGUUCUCUCAAUUUUGAGCAUUAUCCAUUCCAGCAAGAAAUUAAAAAUGUCUUUGUCUUCUAUCUUGCAAGAAGUAAAUAAAAUAAAAUAUAAAAAAAUAAAAAGGAGGGAGAAGCAAGGGAUGAUGAGAGGAAUAUUUCAGGCUCGUGUUUCUAGUUAGGAAAGUACAUUAAAGGCAAAUUGAUGACAAAGAUAUCCCUUUCUCUCUCUGGGCAUUGCUAGUUACAUGCAAAUCCACAAUGUACACUGGCUCUGUGGGUGCAGGCUUUACCUCACAUCAGUGUUUUACGUCACAAAUAUGCCUUUUCUUUCUUUUUUUUCCAUUUCAGAGGCACUUUACCACGUCUUUGAGCUUUUAUUUGGUCACAUUCACACUUCUCUCCCAAUGUUUUAGUUGUAAUGCUCAGCUCAAACCCUCGCUCCUUUCCCGUAAUGAGGGUGCAGAUUUCAUUUUCAAUGCACAAAUUAGAGCAGCUCUGCUAGGCUGGGCACUGUAGGAGUCACAAAUGACCUUUUUAGCACAAACCAGGGAGCAUUAGAGUUAGUAUCGAGAAAAAAAUUCUGCAUUUGUUCAGUGUUCAUUUAUUUAUGCUUUUUUUUUUUUUUAAGCUGCUGUCAACCUCCAUCUUGGGUUUGUGUGUGUUCAGGUUUGAGUUCAUUCUUGGGAUACUCACCAUAGGAUUUUUCUUGUCUCCUACCCAGGGGCUCUGCGUAUGAUGUUAUGUAAGUUGAUGUUUUGGUCCCCAGGGUGGAGCUAACCCACAUCCUUCAGUGGUGGAGCUCAGCAUUCAGUCACAACUGGAAUAUUUGACCCUCCCUUUUAGAAGUGAAAGGUCAAAAUCACCAUGGUACUGCUGUCUGUGGAAUAACACAGUGACUAUAUAGAUGUAAACUCUGUGUAAAAUGUAUGAAGGGAACAUAUAUUGCUAUAAUUCUCAGACAUUAUUGAUUGAUAUUCUUCUUGUUGUAAGUUUUAUUGAGAUUCAGAGUCUUUUUUUUUAACAUUACUUCCACAUGUACAGUGCUUUGACACCUGUUGUUCUGUGGAUCAGAUCAAGAGAACCAGUGCGUUUGGGACUGAAAUGACGGGUCACGGGUUAGUGCCACAACACAAGGGGUAAAUGACGACAUGACAGUGAGAGUGUGCAAAACUGUAAGAGCUCCUUUGAGUUGCCCAUUAAAGCUGGCUUCAUUGGUUA